GAAAAGUUUUUUUUCUUUGGCGCAUUUGAGAGCUCAAGAUACUUUCUUUGAUGUUUUAUUUAUGGCUUUUAAAAAGGUUUGAUGGCAAGAUUGCCCAAUUUAAAUACGUUCUUGAAUUCCUUUGUAACCUUAUUUGUUCCCAAUUUGCGGAUUUUCAUCUUGAAAAGUGUUCCCGGAGGGUUCAUGAAAAAAAAAAUUUCCUCAGUGUAUCAGGGCUGCUAAAAAAAAAGUCGUCUCAUAUCCAAAUUUAGUUUCUAUUCUAAAUUCAUUCAUUUCGUGCCUCACAAAAAUCCGAAUUAUACAAUCUAGGAACAAUAUUCUUUAGGCAUUACAAAAUAUCACUAUCAAGUUCCAUCCAUUCAUUUCUCGCCACAUCCAGUGUGUAAAACCGAUUCCCAAUGCUUCCAACAGAGAUCCCCUAGUAAGGGACAGCCUGUAUGAAUUACUAGCGAGUGAACCCUGAUUUCAAUUGGGAGUUCGUUGCAGAAGCCUGAGACACAUGAUUACUGUUUGCUGAGUUUGUCACAAUGGCAGCUCUGCGAUUUCAAAUGGGGAGGAGUGAUGCAUGUGAGAUGUGUCCGUUCGUGUGUGAAGCGGCCUUGUUGGACAUGGACAUGGUGUUAUUUAGAGUGACAGUUGAGAAGAAAUGGUGAAAAUUGGAAUCUCUGCAGCUUCUCUCCACAUCAUUAUUGCCAAAGACACCAUUCAAACGGGCCAUUGGAACCCAAGCUAACCAACGAGAUCGACUAAGUGGUGAUCCAUAAAUAAUGAGGUAUUUGGCCGCAGAUCCUUCGACUAAGUACGUGUUCUGUUCCCAACUUAUUCUUCCACGGAAUCAUUCGCUUUCAAAGGUCAAACUUGAUAGACCUUCCAAGAAGACAAUGACAACUAUGCCGGUGAUGUAAGACGACGGACGAGCCAUUCUCGAUUGCGGCUUUCAGCAACUCUGCUUUCAAAUCCAUACUACUUCCGUACCAAAAAAACAACCUCAACCAUUUAAUAAAAAACACAAAUUCAAUCCUCACUUUCGGGAGCUCUAUUUACCUUGGGAAAAGUUGGCUCGCUAACAACAAAUUGUAACUAGAUUUUGCCUCUCCCUCCCGCGGCUUUGUUUUUUCCCAUCGUUUGCACUUGGAACCCCUCUGGAAACUUUUCCUCCUCUAAUUCAAUCAUGACCUCGUCUUUAACUCAUUAUGAGGAUCUCGAGGCUGAAAAUGAGCGAAACGGAGCCCAGAAGGUCUUGGAAAACACGAAGGAAUCUCUUUCUCCGACGGAAACGAAUGGCAUCCUACUCAGGUUGGCCGUGUAUCCCUUGAGGUGGGUCAUCUUGGCCAUGUUCGUAUUGUACUCCACGUGCAACGCCUUCCAGUGGACCCAAUUAGUCAUCAUCACCAACAUCCUGGAGAAGUACUACCAAGUCAGCACUUUGGCCGUUUCUUGGACCUCGAUCAUUUACAUGGUCACCUACAUUCCUCUUAUCUUUCCGGCCUCGUGGUUCCUCCAAAAGAAGGGACUGCGAUGGUCCGUCAUAUUGGGAUCGUUGGGAACCUGUCUGGGGAGCUGGAUCAAAGUGUUUGCCACAGGAAGGGACCAAUUCGUCAUCCUCUUCACAGGCCACUCAAUCGUGGCAAUUUCUCAGAUUUUCAUUCUCGGCAUUCCGGCUCAACUGGCCGCCACAUGGUUUCCAUCCAACCAGGUCUCCUCAGCGUGUGCCAUUGGCGUAUUUGGGAACCAGUUGGGCGUGGCCUUGGGGUUCGUGUUGCCCGUGCUCUUGGUGAAGAACCGAGCCGCAGAGGAGGAGGUGGUCCUGAUUGGCGGCGAUCUGUUCCGCAUGUUCCUGGGAGUGGCGGUGGUGACGUCCGUUUUAUUGGCGGCCAUCCUUUUGUUUUUUAAGGAUGCUCCCCCUACUCCGCCCAGUCGGGCCCAGGAGAUCCUUUGGCACCAAAGAGAGGGGGUGAGGGAUGGGGCGUGCCUUCAGGUGGAACAAGAUGACUACAAGGGAUCGAUCAAGCGUCUGAUGACCAACGGCAAUUACGUGCUCCUGCUUAUUACUUAUGGACUAAAUGUGGGCGUGUUUUAUGCCAUAUCGACUCUUUUGAACAGCGUGAUAUUAAUUCAUUUCAAGGGAGCUGAAGAAGAUGCCGGAAAGAUUGGACUGGUCAUCGUAAUCUUUGGAAUGAUGGGUUCCAUGGUAUGUGGGGUCAUUCUGGACAAAACCCACGCAUAUAAAACGACCACCCUGUUGGUGUAUCUUUUCUCGUGCUUAGGCAUGGUUGCCUAUACCUUCACAUUUCGAUUCGGUCAUAUCGAAAUAGUGUAUAUUACGGCCUCUUUAUUAGGAUUCUUCAUGACUGGUUACCUUCCAUUGGGAUUCGAAUUUGCCGCUGAGAUUACCUUCCCGGAAUCUGAAGGAACCUCUUCAGGACUCCUCAAUGCUUCGGCUCAAGUGUUCGGCAUCAUUUGCACCUUGUCCGCCGAAAGGUUCCUGGAAAUCACCGGCAAAGAGGAUCGGAUAGCCAAUGGUCUCUUGGCGGGGGUCCUUCUGGUUGGAACGGGCCUCACUGCUCUCAUCAAGCCUGAUUAUCGCCGUCAAAAAGCCUCUCAGGCCGAACAUAAAAUCUGAAUCAGUUGUUCAAUGCCAACUAGCUUCUUUCGUUGUUCAGAAUCCUCGACGAUUCCCUAUUCCAUUUCGCCUGCUUGCUCUUGAUCCUGUUUCUUUUCAGUUCCAUUUCAUUAAACUGUUUUUAUUGGUCUCAAUGCGAAGAUCAGGUCUCAUGAUCGAACCAUCCAAACGAUCCAAACCGUCAUCUACUACCUACAAGAAAACCCAAAAGUACAGCAAGAAACUCAAAGUGACGAGUGGGGAGCCUGGAUCUCGCAGCCGGAUGAGCGGAUAUAAUGGUACAAUUUGUGAUUGUGACUGCUGCCGAAGCCAUCAAACUCAAAUCUACUGAUGUCGGAAGAGAUGUUGUCACAAAAACUUUUUUUCUCAGGCCUGAAGUUCUCUCGCCCUCCCUUUUCUUUCUUUUUAGCGGUGUUCGUCUUGGCCUUCUUUCUCCUUACUUUUCCAUUUGGAUGCCCUUCAAGUCCUCUCUUAGUUUGCUCUCUUCCUCUUCUUUUUUUUUCUCGAAAAUUCACAUCUCCACACGGUUCAAUCCACAUCCAUCCUCCACGUGUUUUUCACUCGUCAACAUCUUUUUGGACAACUUUGAAAAUUCUUCAACCGUAAUUAAAAGCCUUUGUUUUGGCGCGCUUCAAGGGCUCUGGUCUUUCAUUCAAUUGUAAUGCUUUCCAAGCUUCUCCAUUCAAACCCGCCCUAUAACUAUCAUCAAUUGUGUCUUCCCUUACCUUUAAUGAGAUCAAUUUGGCUGGAUGGAGCAUGCUGAUGUGAAACUGUCCGUGUUCCGUGCUCUCAAAGCAUCCUUUUUGCUUUGUUUCCACUCUUUCCAUGGCCAGGAAGCUCAGUCACUUUCUGGUACACAUGAGCAGAAUAUCAUCCCACUAAGGGUCUUCCAACCAUGAUGAUGAUGAUGAUGUUGUUCCAAUUCUUGCCUGUGUUACCUCACGGUAUAGACCUGGAAUGAAAGUCAAAUGUCUCCUAAUGCAGCAUGACAAGCGAAAAACAUGUAUAUUCAAAAUUGAGCCCCAAAGCUGACGGAUAUGAGACUUUUUUGAGCAUACUUUAUGCUCCCUCAACGACCAGUAAGCAGAACUUAGACCGUAUGCCUCCCGUUCUUGAUAUUCGUCUUCCAUUUUGCCAAGAAGAACAUGUGCAUGUAGUGAUGGUUGGCUUUCAAAUAGUCAGGCUUUCCCGUAUGAGAUUGUUGUUUUCCGAUCGUUUUCAGAUACCGUAUCACAAUGGAAUGGAAUCCUUCAAUGCUCAAUGGUAACCUUUGGGUCUGUAAUUGAGGGAGAUGUGUUAUGUUGGGGCAAUAUCAAAUGCCUACCCGAUCUUAAGUAUUGAGACAUGUAAUCAACUCCUCCAUUGUUUUCUCAUACCUAUUUCUCAUCCAUUUUUUGCACUAUGCGCUAGAUAUUACAACAAAAUAAAUUGAUUCAAUGACAAGAAAAUAUAUUGAAACAUUCUCAUGAAA